GUGCGUGUGUUUAGGUUAGAAAUAUGCAGGAACGCGAACGUCCCAAAAUAGCCCCGAAACCGAUUAUAGCCACAAAACCGAAGUUCGUGCCCCCGGUUAAGUUGCAACAGAAGGUGCCCCAGGGGCCUCCGCCUCCCCCCGAACCGCAACGAAGAACCUCCUGCGGGGGAGAGAUUCCCAAGAGGGUCCAGUCUAAGUUCGAUCCCGGAGGAGGUGCCAAAGUGUUUUUCGCUCAAAGCGAUAAGGAACCCUUGUAUCAUCAGCAUAAGAAGACGUUGGAGGUGAACCAGAAACCCCCGAACUCCCCCAGCACGGUGUGCUGUAGCAUUUUAUCGAAUGCGGCCCACGAUUGCUACGGCAUAAUAAACAGUAACGGGAAAAAACUGACUAAACUGGACUCGGUGGACUCCGCUUCGUCGGACUCCGGGGGUUUCAAGGACUUCCACUAUCACCACCAACGGAAGAUUUCCCAACCGGAUUUUCUGACCGAAACGAAACCGUCGGGGCACCAAAGGAAAACCUCGCAACCGAACUUCGAUAACAACAAACCGAAAUACGUACCGAACGCCCAGGCACUGGCCCAAUUCCUCCCUCAGACCGAGCAAAAGAUCUUUAUGCACCAACAGCAAAAAGUCAUACAACAACAAGUGGAGGAGGGCCGGAAACCCAAACCGAUCUUGUCCCACGGGAAUAUUCAGGAGAGCACCAAGAAGUUGGAGGAGCUGUUGGCGCAGCGAUUGGAAAAGGAGAGAAUGCUGAUGAUGACGGAGAAGAAGAAGAUGGUGGAAUCGGCAGGGGGGGAGGAAGGGGGUGGUGGUGGCGGUACUGCCGAGCAGAAGGUGCGUCAGAUGCACCAGAAGCUGCACCAGGACCUGGAGCAGACGGUGAAGCAGAUCCAGGAGAUGCAGAGUACCGAGUACCGGUUGCCGCAGAACCGGAAAUGGGAGAGUAACCGGAGUCAGCCGGCCAUCGGACUGAAACACACCCCCAAGUCUCGGCCUACGAUAUUUGGUACGGUGGCCCCCUCGGAUUUGACCCCCAAAGAUUGCUCCAACCGCAGGAGUCUACCGCAGACCCCCACGAUCAAGAGCUACUCGACGAUAUUUUCCUCUGGAGAGACGCACCAGGAAAGCCCUGGCGACUCUGGAAUCCAGCAGGAUAACGCUCUAGUGUAUAGGGACGGGAACCUAUUGAGCGGCCCCCUGGAGGCCCUGAUCCUCCACACGGUCCCCACCGAGUCCUACUACCCGGACCGCGCCUACUUGUUCGCCUUCCUCUUGUCCGCGCGUCUCUUCAUCAAACCCCACGACCUCCUGAGCAAAGUGAGACACCUGGGGGAGCAGCAGCAGGGCCUCGCGCCCCAGCAGACGCGUUUCGCCGAAAAAAUGGUGCAACUCUUGGCUGAAUGGACCGAGCAGUUUCCCUAUGACUUUAGGGACGAGCGUAUGAUGGACCACGUGAGAAAAGUGACGCAGCAGUGUUGCGCGAUCGAUCCCGCCCUCAGGUCCAACGUCUCCUUGUUACUCCACAAUUUGCACCCGAAACUCGCCUCAUUGGAGGAGUACGAGCAACUGUUGGAAAAACAGACGAACUCCACCAUCACCGCCACCUCGUCAGACGAGAACAUCUCGUGUCCGGACGUGUCGGAGGUUUGUCCCAGUCCGGAGAAGUUGGCCCAGCAAUUAACUCACUUGGAGUUGGAAAGGUUGUCGUUUAUCGGGCCCGAGGAGUUCGUGCAGGCGUUCGCCAAAGAGAAUCCGGCCCUGGAAACGUCGUUUAAGGAUCUGAAAAAGACGCGGAAUCUGGAGCAGUACGUGCAGUGGUUCAAUCGGCUCAGCUACUUCGUUGCCACGCAGGUGUGCAAGUACCAAAAGAAGAAACAGCGCGUGAAAAUGGUCGAGUACUGGAUAGAGACCGGGCGCGAGUGUUUCAACAUCGGCAACUUCAACAGCCUGAUGGCGAUCAUCGCGGGCCUGAACAUGUCCCCCAUAUCGCGCCUCAAAAAAACCUGGAACAAAAUCCAAUCGGGGAAAUUCGCCAUUUUGGAGCAUCAGAUGGACCCGAGCAGCAACUUCAGCAGUUACCGGAGCACGUUAAAAGCCGCGAUGUGGCGUAGUGCGGGUGCGACCGAUCAACGGCAACGCAUCGUCAUCCCCUUCUUCAGUUUACUGGUCAAGGAUUUGUACUUUUUGAACCAGGGCUGUUCCAACAAACUGCCCAACGGGCACAUCAACUUCGAGAAGUUCUGGCAGUUGGCGAAACAGGUGACGGAGUUCAUGGCGUGGAAACAGGUGACGUGUCCGUUCGAGCGGGAUCCCAAAGUGAUCGCGUUGCUGCAGCACGCCGCGAUCAUGAACGAGAACGCGUUGGCGCUGGCCAGUUUCGAAUGCGAACCGCCCGAUAAUAAUCAGGAGAAGGAGCGCUGCAAGAAUUUGAAAGCUGAAGGUGGUGGUGGUGGUAGUGGUGGUUCGAAUACUAAUUGAAAAAAACAGAACAAAAAAUCAAGGCUGCCUGUAGUAGAUAUGUCCCAAGUAACACACGAUAGGUAAAUAAAUCGUAUAUUAUAUACGUAUAUUCUCACUAUAAGUUUCUUAAACAUUUUUUUCUUUUAGGCAACUGUUCUCUGCAAAAAAAACGUUUUUUCAUUAAUACUACCCUUGCCCCCCCACCCACCCCACACACCUUACCAGUAAGGAAUUCUGUUGAAAAAUCAUUGUUUUUCAUGUCUAAUUUAAUAAUACAAUUUGUUUAUUUAAAUUUUAUAUAAUUUUAUAUUUACAUUAAUAAGUAUUUAAUACAAAAACGGUGAUUUUUCAAUAGAAUUUCUUACUGGUAAGUUGUGUGGGGUGGGUGGGGGGUGUAAGGGUUGUGUUAAAGAAAAACAAUGUUUUUGCAGAAAAUUUAUACAUUUUUCCACUCAAUUAGCAAUAAAUCAUUUUAUAUUUACAAGAAGUUUCAAGUGAAUUGCUCUUGAUUUAGAAAUUUUAUAAUUUUUUUAAAAAUUUAACUGAAAUAAUUAUUGAAGUCUUUUUGAAAAAAAAUUCGUAAUUUUUAAAAUAUUGGACCAAUUAACUUAUAAUCUUCUUAUAUAGAUUAACAAUAGAUCUCUUUAUAAUCACAAAAAAUUUUAAGUAAAUUCCUCUUGAUCUGAAUUUUUUACGAAUUUUUAAAGUUGGACUUAAAUAAUUUUUGGCCUUCUUUAAAAAAAUUUAUAACUUGAAAAAUAUUUGACCAAUUAACUUACAGUCUUCUUUUUCUGAUAAACAAUAGAUCUCUUAAUAACUACAAGAAAUUUCAAGUAAAUUGCCCUUGAUUUGAAUUUUUAAAGUUGGACUAAAAUAUGUUUUUUUUUUUAAAGAACCCUUGCCCCCCCACCCACCCCACACAACUUACCAGUAAGAAAUUCUUAUGCAAAAUCACUGGUUUAUCAAAGAAUACACAUAAAUAAAAUUAUUUAUUUAAAUUUAAUAUAUUUAUAUAUAUAUUAAUAAAUAUUUAAUGCAAAAACAAUGAUUUUUCAAUAGAAUAUCUUACUGGUAAGGUAUGUGGGGUGGGUAGGGGGCUAAGGGUUAUCUAACAAAAAACAAUGUUUUUGCAUAAAAUUUAUACUUUUUUCCACUCGAUUAGCAAUAAAUCAUUUUAUAAUUAAAAGAAGUUUCAAGUGAAUUACUCUUGAUUUAAAAUUUUUAUGAUUUU